ACUGAUAACAUAUGGGAGAUAAGAAAUUGAGGUGAACUCAUAUACCAAUACUCUAGAGUCUUGCCAUUUUUUAAUAAAUCAAUAUGUUUUGAUGUGUUUACGCGCGGAAAUCUAAAUGAUAUUUUUUCCUAUCAGUUUCGGGAUUGAUAUUGGUGUACGAAAAUAAUGCUCAAAUGCCUGUCCGAAAAAACAGUAGGGUUAGGAAAACUUCGUCGGAGGUGUAUAUCACUAGAGGGCGGAGUAACACAUGGAGCUCUGCUGAAAAUAAUGCUUCGGGACCUUCAAAUGCAGUGGAUCAACUCGGGAGAAGCCCUAGAAGAUCUGUCUGGACUCUGAGCGAAGAACCAACAUGUAAAUUACGCUUGAGGGUGAUAUCUGCCAAGAAUCUUAUGAAAAAAGAUAUCUUUGGAGCAAGUGACCCUUAUGUUAGAAUUGACUUGAAUACCAAUAAUGGAGAUGAAACCAUUGAUUCAGUUCUCACCAAAACCAAAAGACGGGUAUGUUCAUCAUUUACUGAAUUUUGGAAUACUUGCAUGGUCUGGAGAGUCAAACCAGCCGAACACAAGUUAAUCCUGCAAGUUUUUGACGAAAACAGGCUUACGAGGGAUGACUUUUUGGGAAUGGUAGAGUUACCUUUGACUGGCUUACCAAAAGAACAGGGUGACAGAAUAGUACCAACUGUCAAGUACCUACUGAUGCCAAGAAGCGAUUUUAGUGCUCGAUCCAGGGUUCGGGGACACCUAGAGGUCUACCAUGCCUUUCUGUAUGAUAGUAACUUGCCACCCAUAGCGGCGCCAGAGGACGCACCUGUCGACGAGAGGGAGUGGGAGGUGGUCAGCGAGGCGAGAGAGGAAAAUGCGGCACAGCCUGUAUACGUAAGUCCAUCUUCGGAAUCACACACGCCUCUACCUCAAGGUUGGGAAGAAAGGCAAGACGCCAAUGGAAGGACUUAUUACGUGAAUCAUAUUGCCAGGACGACACAGUGGGAAAGGCCAACUUUAAGCAAUAGUACUUCAGAAACUAGAGCUGUCGAAAGAGAGGAACAACGUGAAGUGUUCGAAAGAAGGUACCACAUCAGUGCUGAUGAUGAGCAGAAUGGGCGCAGUGACAAUUCUAAUGUCAGUCAGGCAGACAUUGACAAUACAGACCAGGCGGAUAUCGACACAACAGACCAUCAAGAUGACGAUGUCACUGAUAACUUGAACAACGACGUCACGAUUCAACUGGAUAACGAAGUUGUCGAUCACCAGGAUGAUGAUGUCACUGAUCACCAGGAAAAUGUCGUAACCGAUCACCAGGAGAAUGAUAUCACCGAUCACCGCGAGGGUGACGUCACCGAUCACCGCGAGGAUGACGUCGCCGAUCACCAAGAUAAUGACGUUGACGUCGCGGAUCACCAGAAUAAUGACGUUGAUGUCGCCGUUCACCAGGAUAAUGACGUCAUCGAUCAUCAGGAUGGUGAUAAAGACGUCAGUCAACCGACAACCGAUAAUAUACCUGACAUAGUUAUCGAAAGAGACCUCAAUGACGAACGUAACCACGAGAAUAGAAUUAGUUUGAGAUCUGAUAUUUGCGAUACCGAUUACAAUGGUUCAGCGGAGAGCAACGAGAGCAGUCGACGGAGUUCUGUCGAUAUACCUCGUUUCCAGCUAUGUCAACUGAACUUUGGCAGACGUUCGACGGAGAAUGGUCUUUCCGAGAGCGAUGACCAACUCGACAGCAUGUCAAACAACUCGUCAAGAAGAGAUUCGACGGUCUCUUCUUCGACCAGCAACAGUAAUUCUCAAAACAAUCUCGAAGGACUAUCUGAAGGGUUGCCUUUAGGUUGGAGCGUGCAGCGUGCCCCGAAUGGACGUCUGUUUUUCAUAGACCACAAUGAAAAAACGACCUCGUGGGUGGAUCCCAGGACUGGUAGAGCGAGUCCUAUGCCUAACCAAGCGACCACUCCUGUGAUUAAUAAGAGACCUGAUGACGAUUUGGGUCCGUUGCCCGAAGGGUGGGAGGAAAGGGUCCAUUCGGAUGGGAGGAUUUUCUUCAUUGAUCACAAUACGAGAACAACUCAAUGGGAAGAUCCCAGGUUAUCAAACCCUUUGAUAGCAGGUCCAGCAAUACCAUAUUCUAGAGAUUACAGAAGGAAAUAUGAGUAUAUGAAAACGCAACUUAAGAAACCAUCGAAUGUUCCUAACAAAUUCGAAAUAAAAGUGAGGAGACGAAGCAUUUUGGAGGAUUCCUUCAGGGUAAUUACAUCAGUUUCUAGAGUAGACCUGUUGAAAACAAAACUGUGGGUAGAAUUCGAAGGGGAAGUUGGAUUGGAUUAUGGUGGGCUGGCGAGAGAAUGGUUCUAUCUGCUUUCAAAGGAAAUGUUCAACCCGUACUAUGGACUCUUUGAAUAUUCAGCGAUGGACAAUUACACCCUACAAAUAAACCCCUUCUCCGGAGUUUGUAACGAGGAACAUAUGAGCUAUUUCAAAUUCAUCGGACGUGUCGCAGGAAUGGCUGUCUACCAUGGAAAACUACUAGAUGCCUUUUUCAUCAGACCUUUUUAUAAAAUGAUGCUGUCAAAACAGAUCGAUCUGAAAGAUAUGGAAUCAGUAGAUUCGGAAUACUACAAGUCGCUUUUGUGGAUAAAGGAGAAUGAUCCAUCCGAUUUAGAUCUGACAUUUUCGGUUGAUGAAGAGUCUUUCGGACACACGUCGGUACAUGAACUGAUUGAAGGGGGGGCUGACAUUCCUUUGGACAAUUCCAAUAAGGAUAAGUAUAUAGCGUGCAUAAUAAAAUGGAGAUUUGUAGACAGGAUACAAGAUCAAAUGAACGCCUUUCUGGAGGGUUUCAGAGAUCUGGUACCUCUGAACAUCGUUAAAAUUUUUGACGAACACGAAUUGGAACUGCUCAUGUGUGGUAUCCAACACAUUGACGUGAAAGAUUGGAAACAGAACACUCUAUACAAAGGAGAUUAUCAUUCAAACCAUAUUGUGAUACAGUGGUUCUGGAGAGUGGUUUUAUCAUUUAGUAAUGAAAUGAGAGCUCGACUCUUACAGUUCGUGACUGGCACUUCAAGAGUACCUAUGAACGGUUUUAAAGAAUUAUAUGGUAGCAACGGGCCGCAGCUAUUCACCAUUGAAAAGUGGGGAACCACCGAUAAUUUUCCCAGGGCCCAUACUUGCUUCAAUCGUUUGGAUUUGCCCCCUUACGAAAGCUAUACUCAUUUGAAAGACAAGCUAGUGAAAGCCAUUGAGGGUUCUCAGGGCUUUGCCGGCGUCGAUUAGUACACAGUUUACCAGAGAUUUGCAUUUUUCUUGAA